AUGGGAAUGAAACACUCCUCCCGCUGCCUGCUCCUGAGGAGGAAAAUGGCGGAGAACGCUGCCGACAGCACCGAGGUUUGCCCCAUCCCAUCCCAGCCUCCUCAGCCUACUGUUGUUCCAAAGCCAGUUCAAUCUGUCAUACAUGUCCCGUUGCAACCAAGCUGCCCGGGCCGAGGCAAGAUGGCAAAGCUCAUCAAUCCAGAAGAGAUGACAUCCAGGGAUUAUUACUUUGAUUCCUAUGCUCACUUUGGAAUUCAUGAGGAAAUGUUAAAGGAUGAAGUGCGCACAUUAACCUAUAGAAACUCAAUGUAUCACAAUAAACAUGUUUUUAAAGAUAAGAUUGUCCUUGAUGUUGGAAGUGGCACGGGAAUCCUCUCUAUGUUUGCUGCAAAGGCAGGAGCCAAGAAGGUAUAUGGGAUUGAAUGCUCAAGUAUAUCUGACUACUCAGAAAAAAUUAUCAAGGCCAACCACUUGGACAACAUAAUCACAAUAUUUAAAGGUAAAGUGGAAGAAGUUGAAUUACCUGUGGAUAAAGUAGACAUCAUCAUCAGCGAGUGGAUGGGUUACUGUCUGUUCUAUGAGUCAAUGUUAAACACAGUCAUCUUCGCACGAGACAAGUGGCUGAAACCUGGAGGGCUAAUGUUUCCAGACCGAGCUGCUUUGUACGUGGUAGCAAUUGAAGACAGACAGUACAAGGACUUCAAAAUUCACUGGUGGGAGAAUGUGUACGGCUUUGACAUGACCUGUAUUAGGGAUGUUGCCAUGAAGGAGCCUUUGGUGGACAUAGUAGAUCCAAAGCAAGUGGUGACCAAUGCCUGUUUAAUAAAGGAAGUAGAUAUUUAUACAGUGAAGACUGAAGAAUUGGCAUUUACUUCUGCAUUUUGCCUCCAAAUUCAGCGUAAUGAUUACAUUCAUGCCUUGGUCACCUAUUUUAAUAUUGAAUUUACAAAGUGCCACAAGAAGAUGGGAUUUUCUACAGCACCUGAUGCUCCCUAUACUCACUGGAAGCAAACUGUCUUCUACUUAGAGGACUAUUUAACUGUGAGACGAGGAGAAGAAAUCUAUGGGACUAUAUCCAUGAAACCAAAUGCAAAAAAUGUGCGUGACCUGGAUUUCACAGUAGAUUUGGAUUUUAAAGGACAGCUAUGUGAAAUGUCAGUAUCUAAUGACUACAAAAUGCGCUAG